AUGGUACAGGGUGCCACCAACAACUUUGAAGGGGUCAUCAGGAGGGAACUGGGGACCAUCUUGAGCAUGAUGAACAGUACCUACUGGCGAACCUGGAAAGAUCCUGGGAGGAUCACCAAGACCACAAUGGCAGAGAUGAUGGACAUGUGUUGGCAGUCCCUGCCGUCGUCCACCAAUUACAUAGGCAUGAACUGCCUCUCAGUCCCAGCGUCUCUAACUGCCAGUUCUUUUGGAGAUGGCUGGAAACUAAAUCACGGAUGGACUGCUAUCAAACACGUCAAACGGUCUGCCAGGAUGCCUGACAUGGGAACCAUAGCAGACUUGAUCGAUGCCAACGCUUGGUAUUUGUUCACCUCCGCCUAUGCUCUCACAGAGCCUCAUGUGGAUCUUCCCGGCUGGCUCACUUAUGUUAAGUGUAUCACCGGCAGCAAGAUCUGGACCAUAUACCAGAAAAUGUUCGUGGACAUCGAGGAUGUCAUCUCCGCCACUCAUUUGCUCCUGUUGCAGGAGGUCAGGCUGUGA